AUGGCAUCGAAGGUGUUUCUUCAGUUGCAAGGCAAGGCAACUCAAGCUUCAAGGGUUGUGGCAGAGUACGGAUCUUCCUAUUACAAGCAGGUAUUGGAGAAGAACAGGCAUUACGUUCAGGAGCCUCCCACUGCUGAAAAAUGCAGCCUUUUGUCCAAACACUUGUUCUAUACCCGUAUUGCUAGUAUACCGGGGCGAUAUGAAACACUUCAGAAGGAGCUUGAUUCGGUCAAGCAAAUUUGGAAGAACAGGCAGGCGCUGAGGGUGGAGGAUGCCGGAAUAGCUGCCCUGUUCGGCUUAGAAUGCUUCGCCUGGUUUUGUGCCGGUGAGAUGAUAGGUCGAGGAUUCACAUUCACAGGUUACCGUGUCUAG